AUGGCGGCGAGUACGCGCAACAGCAACGUCCAGCUGCUAGCGACACUUGUCGAUUUCGACGACGAGGAAGAGGGCGAAUAUCGGUUCCUCAUCGAUGGCAAGCACGUCAAAUAUGUCACCGUCGAUCCCGGCGUUUUACCAAAGGACGACCGCACCUUUGCGCCAAUCUUUCUUCCGCUAUUGCCGUCCUUUCCUGUCGGCGAUUGGAACGAGGGUCACGUUAGCAAGGAUCCAUUGACGGGCGAGCCAACCUUUUCUCGAUGCGAGCGCAAGGAGUUGGCCGGCAUCUCCAAUGGCUGGCACUCGACGAGCAUCGAUCAUUUGGAGUUCACCAAGGUCGAACGCUUACGUCAGUACAUGCACGUCGUGACCCAUGCUAACUUCGACCGACCCUUGCUUGUCAAGUUUACCGAAUUCCCCUGGCAAGUGUCCUACUUCGAGGCCGAAACGACGGCCUAUGAAUGGAUCCACGGCCAGGGGGUCGGUCCCGAGUUCCUCGGCCACUUGGCCGAGGGCGGGAGGAUCAUCGGUUUCGUCCUGGAGUACAUCGAGGGUGCGAGGUUUGCCGGUCCCGAAGACCUCGCCGCCUGCCAAGUUGCGCUUUCCAAGCUGCAUUCUCUCGAUAUCAAGCACGGCGACAUCAACAAGUUUAAUUUCCUCAUUCGAGAUGGGACAGCGACCCUCAUUGAUUUCGAGACGGCGGAGAAGUGCAGCGAACGGGAGGAGCUUGAAGCGGAGUACGACCAGCUUGAGACUGCGCUACGGGAUCCUUCGUGCAGAGGCGGCACCGGUUUGGCCACCUUCUCGCCACCGCUGUAG